AUGUUGACCGCAGGCGGCAUUCGAAACGCCUGUCCAAGCUGUCGAGCGCGUUUGACGAGCUUGACGGGAAAGGUUCUUGCAGGUGCUUCUCCUGCCGGCCUAGCAGGCCGAUCGAGCUUUGCGCAGCAGAGUAGCCCAGCAACCCUUCGAUCACUAAAUAAGCCGACUACUCGCAGAGCAUUCUCGACAACACCGCGACGUUUGAAGGAUGCCGAACCGACUAGAGACGAAACAGAAGGGCUCGCUCGCAACGCGAAGGUUGAGAAAACAGUGCGGGAGGCGAAACAACGAUUCCGGGAUACCCUGCCCAAGGGCUACCUCACCGAGGAGGAGUAUAGCCUAUACGAGCGAUGGUACGGGCCGCCGCUGAGAGAAACGACGCCGGACGAUGUCGGGAUGCAGUACUUCAACGACAAAUAUUCUGCCAAACCGCGACGAGACGGGUCUGGGGGGCCGACUCUCUUCCGAGAGACGGAGGGCGGCACACUGCAAGAGGUGCAGUAUGUCUCGAAGAAAACGGUCCGGACGCCGAGCGAUGAUGAGGCAGCGUCUACCGAGACCGAAGCUCCCGAAGAAGAAGAAGCCCCAGACGCCGCUGCGACGGAUGAAGGUGUGCCCGAAGGCGACGGCAAAUACAUCAAUAUUGUGGCGAGGAACAAGAGAGAAUACGACGCCCUCAUGAAGCUGCAAAAAGACUUUGAGGAAAAUUCCCGCGCCGUUGAAGAGUCCGUGCGGAAUCAUCUCGAGGAGGAAGAGCUGCGCGAUGAGGAACGCGAGUUCGAGGAAGAGGAGGACGAAGAAGAACUGGAUGAAGGCGAGGAUGGCAUUGCGGAACAACAGACGUCGAUGCGCGCCGGUCGUUUGCAUCCGUUCACGAGGGAGGGUCACUUCUCGACGAAUCCGAGCACUGUGAGCCUGCCACACGUCGGGUACGUCUCGCCAGUCUCUACGAUACUCGACAGGACGGACAUCAAGCAUGUCAAGGAGGCCGCCGAGAAGGCAUUCGGAGGACCUGGCCUGCCCUACUCACCCGCCACGCCCGCUUCGAAGAUGGGCUUGGAACAGCAGCCCCUCGGCAUGGCCGCGUGGCAGCAUAAAAUGUCGGAUAUCGAGGCCGACGCCUUUGUUUCGUCGUUCCUGCCCCCCGCCUACGCAUCUUCAAUGGGCACUCUGGUGGAGGUACGCAAGCGCCUGGGCACUGACUGGCUUCGGAAGCUGUUCGAAAAGCCCGGCGGCCCUCGGUUCCUCGACGUUGGCGCCGGUGGCGCCGGUCUCCUGGCCUGGCAGGAUAUAACGCGCGCUGAGUGGGAGGCGAUGCGGUCCCGCGGCGAAGUCGAGAACAAGAACCCCCCGGGAAAGCAGUCUGUGGUCAUCGGCGCGGACAAGCUGAGGAGCCGCGUGUCCAAGUUUUUGCACAACACAAGCAUCCUGCCACGCCUGCCUGACUACGUCCACUCGGUCGACACGGCGCACUUGCAACUGGACGCCAACGAGGUUCCGCAACCGCGCAAGAUGUUCGAUGUCAUCAUCGCCUCCCAUCUGCUUCUCCCCGUGAAGGAGGGCCACAGACGUAACGCGAUCCUGAACAAAAUCUGGUCGCUGCUGAACCCCGAGGGCGGAGUCCUGAUCGUCCUGGAGAAGGGGCAGCCUCGCGGCUUUGAAGCGGUGGCCGACGUCCGCGACCGCCUACUCAGCGAGUUCCUGAUCCCGCCGGGCGGAGAAAACGCCAUGUCCGGCGAAGAGAGAAAUCCCGGCUUCGAGAGGGUCAAGGAGCCCGGCAUGAUCAUCGCGCCCUGCACGAACCACCGCGGGUGCCCGAUGUACCACACUCCCGGAAAGAGCACGGGGCGCAAGGACUUUUGCCACUUUAGCCAGCGCUUCAUCCGGCCGCCCUUCCUGCAGAAGAUCAUGGGCGCGACGCAGCGCAACCACGACGACGUGCUCUUCAGCUACGUCGCCAUCCAGCGCGGCGUCGCCGCGAAGGAGGGCCCCCUCGCCGGCGAGCAGGCCACUGCGCGCGCGUUCGAAGGGUUCGAGAAGUCCGAGACGGCGCCUGACAUGCUCUCCCUGCCCCGGCAGAUCCUGCCGCCCAUCAAGCGGCGCGGGCACGUGACGCUCGACGUGUGCACGCCCAACGCGCAGCUCGAGCGCUGGACGGUGCCCAAGAGCUUCAGCAAGCAGGCAUACCACGACGCGCGCAAGGCCAAGUGGGGCGACCUGUGGGCUCUGGGUGCGAAGACGCGGAACCACCGCAACGUGCGGCUGGGCCGACCCGAGGCUCUCGACGACGGCGGCGUCAGGGCGCAGCGGGCCAAGGCGGCGCUGAGCAAGAAGAAGAAGUUCGUCAACGUCGGCAUCGACGAGACGGGCGUCGUGGGCGGGCCGCAGGAGCGGAUCUCGCCUAGGCGGAAGACGAGCCGGAAGUCGUACCGCCAGGAGGUGAUGAGGAAACUGGCCAAGGAGGAUGAGGAGCGAGGGGGAUACAUUUGA